AUGGCUCCUAUCUUUUGCUGCUCUUCUUUAAAGCCAUAUCUACCCAAAAGGCUUGAUCAUGAGCAUAAAUUCAACCAGUUUAUGCAGUGGGCUAACUUGCCCUCCAUGCAUCCUGGCGAUGGCUCUUCACUCGUCAGCAGCGCACCGUACGCAGUUCAGCUUGUACGACAAAUCAACUAUGGGCCGCAAGAGUCGAUUAGAUUCUUUGUUCCAGCUAGCAACGGCCCCGACUUCCUGGAGGCCACUGAGAGCGAUCUUCUCAAAGCGAACUUUGAGAAAUUGAACUCGUACAAGAACUUCAGAUGCGAACAGCACAAUAAAUUCUUCGAGGUCAACUUAGACAUUGACCUGGCAUUUCGACAAAAGGAGGCCACGAUGGAGUUGAGUCAGGCAAAUAAAGCCACGAAACCGACGUUGAGGCGGGAAUCUAUAUCUUCCGACUCACAACGCAACGCUUCAGAUCUGAAGAGGCGCUGCCCGCUCUUGCCGGCUGACCAGGUGACUAAAGUCACGGACGGAGAUCAUGAGAAGCGAUCUUUGGUCGAAAUGCUAGCGGGCUGCUCUUCUAGAUUGUCGGUUCUGAUACCAAUACUUCGACUCUUGCUGCAGAAAGUCGGGACAAACCUUGGUGCGAGUCGCCUCCUAUCCCUACUAUCCCUUGAUUGGGCGAACGAAGAACUCGAUCUUGAUCUCGAUUUUGAGGAUCACUGGGAGGUCGAAAUGACUAGCUCGAAUGUCGCCACAUUUUUCAGUGACUGUUUUGACCUGUCUGAUGGCGACUCGGUAGAUCACGCGGAAAUCGAGAACCUGGUGAUCCUUGCCAUGCGCCACAUCGAGCCACUAGAGAAACAAAAAGUACGCGGGCGAGUCAGACUCCAGAACAUUGCCAAUAGGGUCCUCGAGUCUGAUGGUGCUGUGAACUGGGCAUCUAAGUACGGGGCAGAUAUAAGGGGUGUGUUUGCAUCCGGCCCUAACGAGCAGCUCCUCGAUCGUUGUCGGCGCAGAACUGACAAGCUGCAACAAGACUGCAUCAGCCGAAAUACCAAAGAGGACCUUACAGCUCAGUCCCUAGAGGUUGACCCGUGGGCUGAUGAUUAUGAUGAUGAUGAGGGAGCAUAUGGCUCUGACAAUUUCGAUUAUGAACAGCCAAUGGGAGAUUUCACGGCCUGCGAUAAAGAAUGUGGAUAUUGUGGGAAAUGUGAUUACUAA